UUUGUUUAGUGGAAGCACAUGAGAUGAAUAGCACCAUAGAAAUCUAACGUUCUUGACUUUUGGUGCAGGGGCUUCGGUUCAUAUUUUUCUGUUCGGUUUUCUAUCUCUAGCUACACAGGACUACUAGGUCCUCUACGGGUCAUUUGGGGUGGCGGUUACACCUCUUCGGAUAGCUAUCUAAGUACGAAGUCUGCGCUUAGCUGCCAUCCUAGCGCUCGUGACUCACAUCACGAGCAGGCAGUAGAACAAGGGGAAAGACAAACCACCGCGAGGAAACGCAACACUUCUCGACACACUUCUCGAUUUGGUAUUAAGAGAUUACGUAAACCAAGAUGCCAGAGCAGAGGGGCAGCAGCGCGGGCAGCAAUUCGAUGGUGGAUCUGCUGGCCACGAUUGAUAGCGCAAAUGCCACACUGGAUUCAGUCCCGCUACGUCGACAACUCGCACGAUCUGCCAGCUGUCGAGGCGUCGAGGGUCUACCCAAAUCCGAAGACUUCCAGUUGCCAAAGUAUCUUCAUCAUAUCUGACUAAGAUUAAUGAGGUCAAUAUCAUUCUCGUUAUCAGCGUUUUUCUUCUCUUCUACGUUCAUUGACUCCUCUCUUAGAAGUUUUACAAGUCGACUCUUCUUGUAUUGUUGUUUCACAGGUUUGUCGAGGUAGACCGACAAAGAGUGGCGGAUCUCGUGAAAGAGUCGCAGGGAGUGAAAAGAGGACUAUGCGCGGACCCAGGAGGACGCGAAUUCAUGACUCCACAGUACUACAAUUUGGUCCCAACUACAAGUCUUCAGUGUUUACUCAUAUUUUCCGAUCACGAAUGCAUGAUCACGAUGAUGAUGCUGGUGAUAACGCAAAAACAGAUACUUCGGAGAUGCUCGCUUCAUAUUCUUUGAAAGCGUAUUAAAUUCUGAAAUUCUAGGAGAAACAAAAAGUUUCGAUGAAGAUGAUCAUGCGCGGCAGUCAAAUCGAAUUCGAACAUUUUUCUGGACUUUCAGGUACCUAAAACCGAAGAUGUUGAACUCAUGGCAAUUAUCACGCGCCAUCAUGCCACCGAGGAGUUACAAGCAGUGGCGCGGACCUGUGCAAGACGGCAGAGAACUCUACAGAUGGCAUGCACAAUCAUGUGGUAAAGAAUAUACCAUAGAUAUACCAAAUUGGAAAAGGUCAUGGCUAUUGAAAGAGUAUGGCUCCGUGUACGUCGUUGAAAUCAAUCAUCCUGCUUAUCGAGAGUUGUCAAAUUGAAAGUGAUCAUUUUGAUGACAGAGCAUCAGCAUUUACUGAAGGAGGUCCCAGUACGAUGAAUGAUGCAUGACGAUGACUACAGAAAGAAUGUUACGCUUACGUAGCACCUACCGCAUUUCCUUAUUCAUAUUCUCUAUUUCAGACAUUGCCUUACCGGAUCCAACGAAGAUGGGAGAACAGCACAUUAAGUGGAUGGUGGGCCACGAACGUCAGCGGGAAAAGCACCUUUAUCCCAUCUACUACCACCGCCAAAAAAUUCGCCAAUACUGGAAAACGAAGGAAAACAAUGCGGCGGACCUUGCAGAAAAUUAUGGAACGAGAAAGAAGAAUUUGAUAUGUGUAUCGUGCUGUCCGUGGUGACUUUGUUUCAAUGUACCCUUUCACACUGUGAAUGUGCGCUCAUGAUUCUUUGGAAGCAAUAGAUGAUUCUUUAGAGCAUCUCCAUCUUAUUGUUAUAGAUUCUAAACUGCGGAGGCUCUCGCUAAGCUGGAUGGAAAGACGUUGACAGCGGCAGACUAUAGCAAGCCGAUGGGACCGCCACCGGACGCGCCCGAGAUCGGUCCGCCGGCCAUCAACAUCAGUCCACCUCUGUUCAAAUACACGGAGAAAGUAGGUCGCUCGCUGUGGUUGAAAUACCCAACGGAUUUGUUCGAGGAACUGCGAACAAUGAAAACGGACUACCUAGACGACGCCAAAGCGAAAAUCAAACGCAUAGACGCAGACAAAGCGGAGAGAGCCAGGAGAGCAAAAUUUGCUGCAGAAUCCGCAUUGACUGUCUGAAGAUCCGGAUUCUUGUAGUACAAAGAGUUGGUUACGCUUCUUACAUGGUUCAAAUAGUUCAUCAAAACAAUGCAAAAUGGUUUCCUAAAAGUGCUAAGAUCAACACUCGGUUGCAUGCUGUUGGGUCAAAGUAAUUAAAGAGGAUCCACCCGCCGAAACUGCCGCAGAUCUCACCUCAAUUAGCUCCUCCACGUGACGCUGCUCAACCUGUACAUCCACUUCAAGAAUAGGGUUAGUAAUGAAGCACGUAAUUAUUAUUCUUGUUGGGAUUAUAGCUCGUAGUGCGUCUCGUUGUGGACAACAAUUCAAUUUGAAACAAAUAUCGAAUAUUACUUUUUUCUAGUAAAUUUUCUCAUCAUAUUAAACAAAGUCAUAGCAGAGCCGCAUACUUCUACUUCUAAAUUAGCAAGUUGGUCGUUGAUUUCGAGAUGGAUCAAGUAAGAUCAUCUUCUGUAACAGAACCUGAAAUGGUUGGUAACUAGCUUCUUCUGUUCAAAAAUACCAUUGGAAUCGCUUCUCGUUUAUUACACUUGCUGGGUCUCUCGUCUACCUUUAUGUCAUUUACUAUUCGUCACGUGAAAGUGAACCGAUGCACACGCGAGGCGAGGUGAGGGAGCCCGUACAAGUGCUUGUAUUAUGACAUGUGUAACGCGGAUAGGGUGAACAUUUUCUCGGGGUCCAGGACUAGAGAUUUAGAACAGAAGCAACAUGCAAGUUACAGACACGCAUUGCCGCUUCUGAUUGCUGUUCGCAGAAUAAAGCAC